AAGGGCAUUGGAAUCGAAUAAUCAAAAAGUGGUCGUGUCUGGUCGCGGACGGUCGUUGAAUGUACUACGGUACUACUACGGUCAUUCGCUCGACAUAAACAUUUAGUGCAGAGAAAGUGAACUGGGUAUCUAAUCUUGUUAUUGAACUAGUUGGCGGGAGGCAUCCACUGCCAAAAUGAAGGCUAUAUUGUUGAUACUGGUCAUCGCGGCCAUCGUCUGCAACGGAGAGGCGAAACGCAAGAGGAAAUUCGAAGGAGACUUCGAGUUCGCUGAAGAGGAUGAAAAUAAGUCAAAUAAAUCGGGAGAAAAGAAGAGAUGGAUACAUGACCCCUCCAGUGACCUCUGCCGGCCGCUAAACUGUAAGAAAAAAGAAAUUUGUUUAUUAGAGGAUACCUUCACAGCCGUUUGCGUUUCCAGAAAGGAACUGAAGAAAAAUGGAGACAUAGUUGUCCCUAAACCUAUCGCAAAAACGGAAGAACCAAAAGAGGAAGAUGAAGAAGACGAUGUAUUUUAUGAUACCGAAGAUGAUCCAGAAGAUGAAAACGUUGAUGACUUAAACGACUCGGUGAUAUGUAAACCAUGCCCUGUUGUCAAACCAAUAUUUCUCUGUGGUUCGGACAACAGAACCUACAGCUCCCUGUGUCGUUUAGACUACCACAACUGUAUCCACCACACCUCUAUCAAAGUAGGAUGUAAGGGAUUUUGCCCUUGCAAAGAAAACGAUGCACACCUACGUAAAAAACAGCGUCAGUCAGAGAGAUUAAAUGCAUUUAUGAAUAAAUACAAGGCUACCUUAGACAAGUCAGGAGCAAGUGGAUCAUUAAAUGACGGAAAACCUGCACCACCGUCCUUAAAAUCAGAUGUAUACACAUUCACUCCACAAGAUUUUAAAUAUGAGAACAAACACUACAAAUACAUCAAAUAUACAAAAUACAAGGACAAUAACAAUAUUUUGUAUGCUGACGAUAAAGAAAGGCUGCGAGGUUAUAAUGAAGUUAUAGAUAACAAAAUCUACAGUAAUUCAGUUGGACCACUUGAUUCAGUAAUGUCUCCAACCAAACAAUGUCCACCAUCGGCAUUACAAGCGAUGGGAAACAGAUUGUUAGAUUGGUUUUCUGUAGUAAUGGCAGAUUCUUCAAAAAGGAGAAGGCCAAGGAAUAAAUCAAAAGCUCAUUUCCCUCCCUCUUGCAAAGGAGAGGUAAGGUGGAUGUUUCAACAUCUUGAUAUUAACGGAGAUUCUCAUUUAUCCCUCAAAGAACUUUACGAUUUAGAACACGAUCAGAGUGAAGUGUGUUUAAAGCCUUUCCUCCAGCAAUGUGACAUAGAUAAAGACGUAGUAGUUACUCCUUCCGAAUGGUGUAGAUGUUUUCAACGAACAGAAAGACCCUGCGCUGCCGUUAAACGUAAAAUAACAUCAGAUCUAUUAGGUGUUUACGUACCAGACUGCGAUAACCAAGGAUAUUACAAGCCAGUACAAUGUCACAGUGCCAUUGGUAUGUGUUGGUGCGUUGACAAACAUGGUGUAGAAUUUGCAAACACACGUACACAUGCUAAACCUAGCUGUGAAACAAUCAUCAACAAACCAAAUACGUUCCCUAAGCAAAUUACUAGCAACAAUGCUGAUGAUUCCAGUGACGAUGAAGAUGAUGACAUAGAACAAGAUAUUGAAGGAAGUGCUGAUCAUCCAGGAGAUUAUUAGCUUACAAACAUUACCAUCCUUAUACAUGAUUGCCUGUUACAGUUAUUUAUUUAUAAUUUAUAUUAUUGCUUUCUAUAUUAAUCUUAUUAGUGUAUUAUAAUAUAUUCUUUUACGUGGAAGAUUACCUAUGCUAAGUAUAGGUAUAUGUGUAGUAGGCAAUACAAUAUUGUUUUGUAAUAAUAUGCUUUUCUAUAAUAUUAAAAAUAGAAGCAAAUAUACAUUCCAAGGUUGCCAUCCUAUUUUUAAUUAAGCAUUACUAAACUGUCCGGUAUUUUAAGUUAAGUUUGUAGAAGUUUAUUGUUGUAAAUAAUUACUUAUUUAUACUUAUUUAGAAAAUUGUGGUUCUCCUUAAUUUUGGCAAUAGUUAUAAACAAAAUUUUAAAUUAAUAUUGUACUUAAUUCUGUUCCGCUAUUAUGCAUAUUUAGAUAGAAAUAGAAAUCAAAUAAGCCACAGCUUCAUGUUUGUGCCGUCUAAAAAACAUACAUAUGCAUUUAUGUAUUAGAUAUAUUGUAAUAAUUGUUAAAAGUUAGAAAUUAUUUAUGUGAUUUUGAUGUGUAUUUUACUUCAUUAGAUAAUUUGUAUAUGAUAAACAUUAUUAUUUAUUAGAAUUAGGCAGAUUAUUUUUAAAUGUAAUUCUUUUGUAAAUUAUAUACUUGCUAGACUCACAUAGAAUGGUAAUGUACAUAAAGGGAAGUACUGUUUAUAAAAGUUUGUAUUAUGUAUGUGUCGGUGUUUUUUAUAUUUAAUGUGUAUAAUUUUCCGUAUUUUGUUGAAAUAACUUUAAUAUUUUAUGUAUCCUAUUGUCCAGUAAAAUCAUAAUUUGAAUUGAUUUUGUGAAGAUAAUUUUAUUCUUUUUUCAGGUUUACAAUUCUGACCAGUUUAUCAAAGUGAAAGUUAAUUUUCAGUUGACGUUAAAAAAGGCUAACUAACGCCUUUAACUAAGAAAUAACUUUGAUAAACAUUCCUUACUUAUUACAUGAAGCAUAACAUAAUAAGCAUAAACAUACACAUCUAUAUAUAUAAAAAUAUAUACAUAUAUUUAUUGUAUGUUUUUAAAACAAUA